UGGAAACAAAUUUUGGCUCGGGCGAUUAUUUUAAAGAAUCUACUAGGCAUUAAUUGUCGGGUUUUAGUAAUUAAAUCGAUAAUUAGUGAUUAAUUAUUGUUAAUUAAUUAAUUAGUUAAUUAAUUACGUCAAUAAUUAGUAAUUUAAAUCACUUUUUCAUAUUAUUAAAUUGUAUUUAAAUUAUAUUGUUAAAGUAUAGAACACUUAGUAUCUUAAAUUUUAAACGUUGGCGAAGUUUUAAGGUAGCGUUGUUUUUUAUUAAAAACAGUUGGACAUGAAUUUGUAACAGUUUGAUAAGUCAAUUUUAGUAUUUUAGAGUUAUUAAUUUAACCGAAUCGACCAGUUUGAUAACAAUUUAAAUUUAAAAUUAAAAAGCCUGGGUAGAGUAAGAAUUGAACUGUACUACAGCGCGUCAAGUUUUUUCUAGUUGAAAAAUUUGCUAGGUAAUUUUGUAAUUCGCGUUUUAAUUAAGUUUUAUAACUUCCACAAUUGUCUUUUUUGUGCUAAUUAGUCAGAAAAUAGCGAAAACUACUACAUCUCAAAUAGUGGUCUCUCAUUCAUUGUAUUUCUACCACGACCCAGCGACAAUCACAAUGGAGGAACAGCAGCAGCAACAACAGCCACAGAGGUCAAACAGUCCAACUGCAAACGUCAUCCAGAAGUUGAAUUACGACCAAAUCAACCGACUGGACCAAAUAAUCGGAUCAACCUUCGACGUACACGGACAUUCGGGUUUAGGAUAUCCCAACUUGAGCAUAAAAGCUAAGGAAUUGAUCGUGGCCGUCCGUGAUAAACUCGUAGAGUCCGGAUUCCACCUGAAAGAUAUCAGAGUGAACGGAAGUGUUGCCUUGACGGUUGUCGGUGGGGACAGGUGUCAAAUAUACAACGACCUAGAUGUCUUGUUUAACUUAAGUCCAACUCAUGAACCGGGAGAAAAUCCUCGAAAUGACAGAGUGAGAUUUGAAAACAUCAGACGAUGCGCGCUAGAGACACUUUUCCGGUUCCUCCCUGAAGAUCUUAUACAGGCCAACCCAUCUCUGAACACUGAAAAUUUGUCUGAUGGCUAUGUGCAAAAGUGGGUAAAGAUUCAAAAUGGCAAUGUUGAUUCUUGGGCACUGUUUGGAUUGCGAAACGAAAAUGGUCGCAACAUCGAGUUGAAGUUUGUAGAUAAGAUGAGGCGUAAGUUCGAAUUCAGCAUCGACUCCUUCCAGCUCGUCAUCGAUGAUUACCUCAAAUGCAAAGAUUUAUUUUCCGAUUCGACGAUGAUGAGGCCAAAAAUAUUUCCAACAGUUCCCAUAGAGAGUGUCUAUGGUGAUUACGAGGCAGCCAAAAAACAUCUAGAGAUGAAACUGAUUGUCACUCGCAACCCAGAGGAGAUCCGAGGUGGAGGACUGCUGAAGUACUGCCUGCUGCAAAGUUGUGGCUACCAGGAUGAAGAUCUGGAGCAGAUGCGGGCGGUGAAGAAGUACAUGUGCUCAAGGUUCUUCAUCGACUUUCCAGAAGUUGAGAAGCAAAAGACCCAGUUGGAAAGUUACCUGCAGAAUCAUUUCAACACCCGCGAGCACAUGAAGAGUCCGUUCUUGUUAAACGUCAUACACUUUGUGGACGAACAUGCCACGUGCCUGGCGACAAGGGAAAAAAUGAAGACACUGGAUAUGAUCAAGAUGAAGAUGACCGACUUCACCUACCAAGCUGCCAUCAACCAAUUGGGUACCGAUGAUUAUUCAGCCUCGGCCACGCUUGGUAUGCUGGCCAGGUAUCCGCGCUACUACUAUCCAUUUCUCAACACUUCCCCCUACUACCACCAACAGCAGCAGUAUUAUUAUCCACCGCCGCAGCAGACACAGCAGCUUCUACCACACCAGCAGGUUCCUCUCAUGAAUUUCUGCUAUGCAACUCCUGUCCUUCCAACUGCUGCUAUUUCGUGACAACAACUGCAACAACAACAUCAAUACCAACAACAACAACAUCAACAACAACACAAACCUCAAUACCAACAACAGCAUCAAUAUCUACCAAAUAAUAGUCAGCCAUUGUUUGAUCGGUCAACCAGCUGAUCAGCCAGCUAGCUUCUCAGAUGAAUUCUAAUUAAUCAUGUUAAAACAUCAGCAAAUAUUUCUCCAUUCAUUCGUUUUGUUUCGAUCAUCUCAUCGAUGGGUCGAUCAAUCGAUCGCGGUGUUUUCAUUCAUUCAUUCAUCUAUUCAUUCACUCUCUCGUUGUGGUCAUGCACACUGUCAUCUUCCUCUUCGUCUCCAGUGAUUGUGCCAUGUUGCUCCAGCAAGCUUACUACUCUCACUCAGUCUCAAGUUACUUACAACUAAGUAACAUUUAAGUAACCUCCAGUUUAAUCAAUUUUUUUUUUUCUCAUAAUUUAAAUUUUCUUCGACGAUGACCGAACCUGCAAGCAAGCAAGCAAAAAAACCUACAUAAACCGAUGAAAAUUGUUAUAAAAAUAACGUGCUAACAUACUGAAGCGUGUAUAUAAUAUGUAUAUAUAUAUAUUUUCUCAUUUGCUUUGUCAUUACUUAAGACGUUUCCAUGUAUUUAAUACAUUUUUUUAUGUACAAAAAGUGGUAUCUUUGUAUGUAUAUGUAUGUACAGAAACUUGUGUUUGUAUGUAUAUAUAUAUAUAUAUAUAUAUAUAUAUAUAUAUAUAUAUAUAUAUAUAUAUAUAUAUACAAACUUGUGUUUGUAUACAAACUUGUGUAUAUAUCUGUAUGUAUAUGUAUGUAUACAAACUACUCAGUGUAUAUAUUUGUAUGUUUUGUAUGUGUGUACAUUAUUAU